ACACUGCUCCGGAAUCUUCAGGAGGACAGCUCGGAAUUCCCGGAUUUCCUCGAUUUGGACUAAGAUUUUUGUUUUUAACUUUUGUGCAGACUUUUAACAACGAACUCUGAACGAAAACUGAAUAUUUUUACCAACAAUUUCAGCACCAAACUCACAUCUAAUCGACUUUUUAAACCGUAUCGUUGCGUUUUUCCUUUUUGACAGACACAGAACUUUUCAAAAAAUACAUGAAUUGACUUUUUAUUUCCAAAAAAAUAUUGGAAAUUCAUUGAAACGUCACCAAAAUAAUUGGAAAAGUGUGGAAAAGGCGUUUUAUCUGGUCGCGCUGGUCCUGAUCCUGGUCUAGUCCUGGUUUAGUCCUCUGAUCCUGGUCCUGAUUCUGGUCUAGUUGGUCCUGAUCUUGGUCUUGUCCUCUGAUCUUGUUCCUGAGUCUGGUCUAGUCCUGGUCUUGUCCUCUGAUCCUGUUCCUGAGUCUGGUCUAGUCCUGGUCUAGUCCUCUGAUCCUGUUUUAGUCCUGGUUUAGUUCUGGUCUAGUCCCUGGUUUUUGCUCCGCUCGUGCCCAAACAUGAGGCUUGUUUUUGGGGUUCUUUUGUGCGUGGGUCUGGUCUCGGGUCUGGCUCUGGACUCCAACACCAUCAGGGCGUCCAAAGACGACUCGGUCCAAAAGGAUUCUCAAAAUGGAAACUCUCCAAGACCGAACCGACGAGGAUCAGGGAGAACUCAACCGCCCACCUGCCCCGGACCUGACUGUGACGCUCCUCAGAGAGGUUCGUGCAGUAACAGGCCGCAGAGGAGACAGUCCAACAGAGACCAAGACCAGGACCUGGACUUGGACCAGGACUCGGCCUUCAAUCGGACCAGAGCUGCAGAGAUGUCCCCGUGCGUCCGCUCCGGGGACUGUGCGGUGGGACUCUGCUGCGUCCGGUACCUGACGGGGAAACGGUGCCAGAGGGUCCCCACCGAGGGCGAGCUGUGCCUGCUGCGGGCGCCCAAGCACCGCCGCGUCCAGCUGGGAAGGUGCGAGUGCGCCGCCGGCCUCACCUGCGCCCCGCCCCCCCGACAGGAGCAGCGGCAGCGACAGGAGCAGCGGCAGGAGCACGGGUACAAGAAGGGCCAGGGCGUGUGCGUGCCCAAACCCAGAAAAACACGACACUCUGGGAAAAAGCGGCGCACGGCGGAGGACUCCUGCUGA